CCUACUCCUCCCCCAGUCUCUGGCUUCAGACUCUCCCUGAUCACAGAGGCAAAGAGCUGCACAGCAAACACCACAAAGCUCUCUGCUUGUUUUUUUCCCCACCCUGCACAUACAGUAGCUUUACGCUCUUCUGGUUCAAACUUCUCUACAUACCUGGGAAUUCUGGCCUUGGUUCGGGCAAGCCUACCUGUCUAACUACGGACGUGUACACAACUCCUUCUUUUCUUAGGGCAAAUGCUUUGCUAGUUGUUCUCAGAACAAAAUGAGUAUGAACGGGUCCCACACUCGGAUCAACACCCUAGGCCGGCUGACCAGAGCAGAAUCCGGCCAGGAUCUUACUACCAGGUACGAUGGGAUGAACAACCACAAGAUGAGUGUUGGAGGAGGAGGAGGGAUGCAGAAGAUGUACAGCACCCAACAAAGCUACAGUGAACACACCGGAGAUAGCUACGGACAAAGUGGUACAAUGACCCGGCGGCCAAACACUGUUCAGGAUAUGCUGCAGAACAUAUCAUCCAGCUUAGCAAGGGCAGAGGUGAUUGUGCAGCAUGAAAUGCAAUAUUCAGAUGGCGGUACAUUGAUUCGUAAUAGGGAUCUGGAUGAUAGUCUCGGGGGUGCCCAAGAGCAAAUGGAGAUGGUGGAGGGAUUGAUCAAGGAAAUGCGCCUAAUGGGACAACCUUGUGAAAACUAUCAUAGAAGGUUGCUUCAGCUUUACGAUCAAAUGCGUGCCAUUGAUAAAGCGAUGCAGGCUCCACGCAUGCGCAAGGGGUCGAAGGGUGGUGGUGGUGGUGGUGGAUUUUCCUCUCAGAGUGGCUCGGGAUGGGAUGAAUACACAAAGCGUACAACUACUGAAACAUUGAACCAAAUCCGACAGCAAAGGCGUCAAAUGGAGAGUGUUGAUUGGGGAUUCGAUGCCACUUCUGUGGAACUGCAAAUCACUAACCACAGAAAGUUCCACAAUGCAAUCGCUGACUACCGCUGGGAACUCGACAAAAUUAAAGCCGAUCUGAGAGAAAAGGGGGCAAUUUACCAGUUAGAAGAGGAGUAUGAUGGAUUGCUGAAAGCUUCCUUUGAAAAAAUGGAUCAGUUGCGUCAGCUGCAGAACAUCAUUCAGGCCACAUCUAAAGAGAUCAUGUGGAUCAAUGACCGAGAGGAAGAAGAGCUGGUCUAUGAUUGGAGUGACAAGAAUAAAGACAUCCCCAAAAAACAGGAAGCCUUUUCUAAACUAAUGAGCCAGUUGGAAGUAAAAGAAAAGGAUCUGAAUAAGGUGAAACUAGACAGUGACCAGCUGAUUCUCAACCAGCACCCAGCAGCUGACAAGAUUGAGGCUUACAUGGAUACAUUGCAGACCCAGUGGAGCUGGAUUCUUCAAAUUACCAAAUGUAUAGAUGUCCAUUUGAAAGAAAAUUCGGCAUACUUCCAAUUUUUUGAUGAGGCACAGAGCACAGAAAGCUACUUGACAAAUCUUCAGGAUACAAUCAGAAAGAAGUACCCAUGUGACAAAAGUAUGCCAUUGCAGCGUGUCUUGGAAAUGAUUAAAGAUCUUGAGAAAGAACGGGAUAAAAUUAAUGAGUAUAAAAGGCAAGUUCAAAACCUCAUCAAUAAAUCAAAGAAAAUAAUACAGCUAAAACCACGCAAUCCAGACUACAAGAGAGACAAGCCAAUUGUUUUAAAGGCACUUUGUGACUACAAGCAGGACCAGAAAGUAAUACACAAGGGAGAUGAAUGCAUUCUGAAGAACAACUCUCAACGCAGCAAGUGGAAUGUGACAGGUCCUGGUGGGUUGGAUAUGGUAGUUCCUUCUGUCAGUUUGAUUGUACCACCACCAAACCCUGAAGCUGUGGAUUUGUCUUCCAAAAUUGAGCAGUUCUAUGAAGCAAUUCUAGCUCUUUGGAGCCAGCUUUAUAUCAACAUGAAGAGUUUGGUGUCCUGGCAUUACUGUAUGAUUGACAUUGAGAAAAUUAGAGCCAUGACACUUGCUAAGCUGAAGACUAUGCGCCAAGAAGACUACCAGAAAGUGGUUUCAGAUCUGGAGUUGCAUUACCAAGACUUCAUGAGGAACAGCCAGGGUUCAAACAUGUUUGGCGAUGACGAGAAGAGGAAAAUGCAAAGUCAUUUCUCCGAAGCACAGAAUCAUUAUCAGAAAUUGGUGGUUCAGCUCCCUUCGUACCAGACCCGAGAAACUACUACAGUUAUAACGAAAAAACCACCACCACCUUCCACUAGUGAAAGAGUAGAAUAUGUCACCCAGACCCAAAGUUCAAAUGUGAAAAGCAGCAGCAGCAGCAGUAGUAGUAUUGGAAUAGACCAGGAGAGGCUGAAGCAGGAAAAUCAGUUGUUACUGGAACUUCAAAGGAUCCGCCAGCAAAUGGAGAUCUAUGAGACUCGAAUACUACAGAGAAAUAUCUAUAACGUUGACCAGGAUACGCUCAGGGAGUUGUCCAGCAGAAUAGAUGGUCUGGAGACCCUGAGAGGAGAGGGACAAGGCUUAUCAACUCAAAUUAGCAGAAUUAAAGAAAUGAUUUUGAAUUUAAAGGACUCCGAUAAGUCUUCAUAUAUGCAGUCUGAGCUGGCUGUGCUCAUAAAGAAAAUGGAAAAUAUUAAUGGCUUUUCAAAAGAUCACUCAGACAGACUCCAGGCCCUGACAAAUUUGCUUCAGAGCAUUCUUCAGUUGGAAGAUAUCAUCAAACUUUAUGAAGCCAGAUUGACUGAGGAAGAAACGAUUUCCCUCGACCCAGCAAAACUUGAAGCAUACAGAAAUACCUUGAAAAAAAUGAAGGCUGAGCUUGACCAGAAAAAGUCACAACUAAAGGGGUUGGAUUCAGAUUUGAAUACGGCUCUACAAAUCAAUAACCGUGCUUGCCAGACCUAUCCUCAUUGUGAAGUGGACAUCUCUAAAUUCUCCAACAAGGCCAAUCAACUGACAGAGCGCUGGCAGAGAAUAGAGAAAGAAAUUGAUGACAGGUCAUGGGAACUAGAAAAACAAGGAAAACAGCUAAGAAAUUAUAAAGAUAUGCACCAGUCCUUAAGCAGGUGGAUUGGCGAUACCAAGCAUAAGCAAGAUGUCCUUGAGUCUAGCAAGCUCACAGAUGGCAGCUCUGUUGCAAGAUACAUAAAUGAGCAAAAGAAUUUGAAUAUCGAAAUACAAGGCAAGAGAGAUAAUCUAGAAGAAGUUGUAAAGACUGCAGAUCAGUGUGCAUCGGGCAUCAAGGAUUAUGAGCUACAACUGGCCUCCUACAGCUCUGGACUAGAAACACUACUUAACAUCCCGAUAAAGAGGACCAUGGUUCAAUCUCCAUCUACAAUCAUUAUGCAAGAAUCUGCUGAAGUACAGGCUCGCUACAUAGAGCUCCUUACUAGAGGAAAUGAUCACUACAGACUUCUACAUGAAAUGUCAAAGAGCAUGGAAGACCUGAAGAUGAAAAACACCAGAAUUGAGCUACUCGAGGAAGAACUGCGACUUGCCAGGGAUUCAAACAGCGACAAUUCACAGAAAAACAAAUUCCUUGAUCAGAACCUACAAAAGUACCAAAUAGAAUGCUCAGAAUAUAAAUCAAGACUUCUCCUGUUGGAGGACAUGAAGAGGAAAGCUGAAAUGGAUGGGUCUUCUGCUAAACAGAACCUUGAGAAAUGUUAUAGUCAGAUAACCGAACUAAAUGAAAAGAUAACAAGGCUCACAUAUGAGAUUGAUGAUGAGAAACGGAGGAGAAAAGCCCUGGAGGACAGAUGUGAUCUCCAAAAGAAUGAAUUUGAUCAAAUACAGCAAAGAACGCAAACUGAUCUACAAGGUGUCAACCGUCAAAAAAUUGAAACUGACAAGUUAAUCAAGGAGAAGGAAUACGAGAUAGAAAAACUAAGACUUCUACUUCAAGAUGAAGGCCAGAGGAAGAGGGAAUAUGAGAAUGAGCUGUCAAAGGUAAGGAAGCAAUAUAGUGACGAAAUGAGUAGUUUGAGGAACAAGUAUGAAUCUGAGAUAAACAUUACGAAGACUACCAUUCAGCAAAUUACUGUUCAGAAAGAAGAAGACACUUAUGACCUCAGAUCUCAGCUCGAGAAGCUAGCCAGAGAAAAUCGUGACUUUACACAAGAAAUUACCAGACUUAAUGAGACCAUUGUCCAAACAAAUGAACAACGCAGAAGGGCAGAAGAAGAUGUUUUUCAGCAAAAGGCUUCAGGGUCUGAGCUUUCUCAGAGAAAGCAGCAAUUGGAAAAUGAGUUACAGAAGCUAAUUCGUGUUCAUUCAGAGGAGACAUCGGGGUACAAGAAGUCGUUAGAAGAGGCCAGUAGGACAAUUCAGGACAGAAACAACGAUAUUGACAAGCUAAAGUACCAACUUCAAGAGGAAGCUGCACGCCAGAGACAAUACGAAAACGAGCUUAUAAAGGUAAGAAACAAUUUUGAUGAACAGAUUAUAAAUUUAAGGAACAAGUACGAGACAGAAAUUAAUAUUACAAAAACCACCAUCCACGAGAUAAGUGUUCAAAAAGAAGAUAACAUCAGCAGCUUGAAUGAUCAAAUUGAUAAUUUAACAGGAGAGAAACGGGACUUGUUGACAGAAGUCAACAGACUAAAGACCUCUCUGACACAAAUGACAAACAAUUUAAAAAAAACAGAAGAUGAUGCUCACCAGCACAAGUCCUUUGUAUCAGAACUCACUCAGAGGAAACAACAGCUUGAGAUUGAAUUGAGACAGCUAAACCUUUUUAAGACUGAAGAAGAUCAAAAACACAAAAAAUCUCUUGACGAUGCUGCCAAAACUAUUCAGGAGCGCAACAAGGAAAUUGAACGCCUGAAAAGGCUCAUUGAGGUUGAAACGGACCAAAGGAAAAAACUUGAGGAGGAGCAUGUUAAAGUACAGAGAACCCAGUUUGAUUUGCAGAAAGCCAACAGCUCUGCCACAGAAACCAUAAGCAAACUUAAGAUUCAGGAACAAGAGUUAAUCAGACUUAAAUCAGAUUUUGAAAAACUUUCAAAAGAAAAACAAGGAAAAGAAAAUGAGGUCAGCAGACUUCAAGUCAAUCUGAAAGACCUACAGACGCAAAAGAAUAAACUAGAAGAGGAAAUAAAUCGGCAAAAAAGAAUUGCUUCAGAUGAACAUACAAAAAAUAAAAAGCUAGAAGAAGAGCUGGAGGCUCUUCGCAGAACUAACAGUGAACAGCUGAAAAAGAUCACAACUAUGACCCAGCAAAUAGAGCAAGUUACUAUUAUUAAAAAGCAAACAGAAGAAGAUUUGCGCCAGCAAAGGGAAUCUUUAGAUGGUCAACUGAGAGACCAACAGAGAAAUAUUGAUGAGCUGAGUAAACUCGUAGCUGAGGUGGAAAGUCUACGCCGUCAGCUACAUGUAGAACAAGAAAACUUGCGCCAAGCUCAUAUCAGAAAUGAGCAUUUGCAAAAAACCAUUGAGGAGAGAAACAGAAGUUUUAAUGAAAGCAAAAUAGAAAUCGAAAGACUGCAGUCAAUCACAGAAAAUCUGACUAAAGAGCACUUGAGGCUGGAAGAAGAGCUGCGCUAUGUUAGACUGGAAAAUGAAGAAGUCAAAAAGUGUAAAGAUGAAGUGGAUGGUGAAAAAAAUGCAACUAUUACUGAAUUAAAGAAUCAGCUACAAAUCAGCAACAAGCGAUCCCUGGAGCUUCAGGGCCUUAUUAAUGAGUUGCAGAAAGAGAGGCAAAAUUUGAGACAGGAAAUUGAAAAAUUCCAAAAGCAAGCACUAGAGGCAACUGGUAAGAUACAGGAAUCCAGUAGCAAAUACUCAGAAAUCUUUCAAGAAAAAGAAAGCCUUCUAAUGAAAUUAAAACUUCUGGACCAAGACAAAGUGAGGCUUCAGCGUCUGGAAGAGGAACUUAGUCGUGCAAAGGCAGCGCUAGAUACCGAAGCGCGGAACAAGCAACGUCUGGAAGAUGAGAAGCAGCAGAUUCGAAAUGACUUUAAUCAGUGGAAGAGUCAGUAUACCCGUAAGGAGGAGGAUGUGAAGAAGUUUGAAAGUGAGUGGGAGAGGAGUGAAAGAGACAAGUCAUCAUUAAAAAUUGAAAUUGAAAGAUUGCAGGCAGAGAUAAGGUCAAUUGAAGAGAGAUACAAGCGUAAGCUAGAGGAGACUCAUCGAACUAGCAACGCUGAUUUUGAAGCACAGAGACUAGCAUUGCAAAGGGAACUGGAAAAUCUUAAGAAGCGUCCAUCUGGUUCUAGCAGGCAGACACAGACCGAUGAAAACAUGUCGAUCGAUCCUUCUAAAUUUGUUUUUGAUGGGCUAAGGAAAAAGGUUACAGCUCAUCAGCUUCUUGAAUGCCAAAUAAUAACCAAGGCCACAUUUGAAAAAUUAAUCAAGGGACAAAAAUCACUGGAAGAAGUAGCUACUGAGAUUGAGCCUUUCCUGAAAGGUGCUGGUACAAUUGCAGGUGUCUCAGUCACACCGAAAGAGAAAUAUUCAUUUGUAGAAGCAAAACGGAAAAAGCUAAUUUCACCUGAAAGCGCAGUAAUGCUCUUAGAAGCCCAAGCUGCAACAGGAGGAAUAAUAGAUCUGCAGAAAAAUGAAAAGUUAACUGUAGAUAAUGCUGUUGCUAGGGAUCUCAUAGAUUUCCCAGAUAGAGAGGCCAUUUAUACUGCAGAAAAAGCAGUCACUGGCUUUAGAGAUCCUUUCUCUGGAAAGACGGUAUGUGUUGCUGAAGCAAUUAAGAAUAAUUUGAUCAGCAAAGAAGUUGGACUGCGGCUCUUAGCAGCCCAGUUGGCAGCAGGUGGGAUUGUUGACCCAGUGAACAGUGUCUUUGUACCUGUUGAGGUUGCAUUAUCACGAGGCUUGAUUGACAGGGAUUUAAAUCGAUCAUUAAAUGAUACCAGUGAUGAGUCAAAGAAAUUCAUUGAACCAGUCACCAAGAAAAAUGUCAGUUAUGCGCAACUUAGACAGAAAUGUAGAGUAGAGCCUCAUACAGGAUUUCUUUUGUUGCCUGUAAUGAAGAAAAGUCUCUCAUUCCAAGGUAUUAGACAUCAAGUGCCGCUGAAUGAGUUAGUAGAGUCUGGCAUUAUUCGCUCCACCACUGUAGAUGAACUAGAAUCUGGUCAGAUAUCUGUCGAAGAAGUCAGUGAAAGAAUUAAAGAUUUCCUGCAGGGAUCAAGUUGCAUUGCUGGAAUCUAUAAUGAAGCUACAAAGGAAAAAUUAGGCAUAUAUGAUGCAAUGAAAAAGGGAUUGUUGAGGCCUGGUACCACACUUGAACUACUAGAAGCUCAAGCAGCUACUGGAUUCAUAGUGGAUCCAGUAAAUAAUCUAAGGAUGCCAGUGGAAGAAGCUUACAGAAAAGGCCUUGUUGGAAUUGAAUUCAAGGAAAAGCUACUGUCCGCAGAAAGAGCCGUUACUGGUUACAAAGACCCAGAAACUGGGAAUAUAAUAUCGCUAUUUCAGGCUAUGAACAAAGAGCUAAUUGAGAAAGGACAUGGAAUUCGCUUGCUGGAAGCCCAAAUUGCCACAGGUGGAAUCAUUGAUCCUAAAGCAAGUCAUCGUCUACCAGUGGAUGUUGCUUACAAACGUGGGUUCUUUAAUGAAGAAAUGAAUGCAAUUCUUUCUGAUCCAGAUGAUGAUACCAAAGGCUUUUUUGACCCCAACACAGAGGAAAAUCUGACAUACCUACAGCUAAAAGAAAGGUGUAUUGUUGAUUCACAAACCAACCUUUGUCUACUGCCUUUAAAAGAAAAGAAAAAGUUGGUGCAAGCAUCACAAAAGAAGACUUCCAGGAAACGCAGAGUAGUCAUAGUUGACCCAGAUACAAACCGAGAAAUGACAGUACAAGAAGCCUAUAACAAAGGGCUUAUUGAUUAUGAUACCUUUAUUGAUCUUUCAGAACAAGAGUGUGAAUGGGAAGAAAUCACUACUACAGGCUCAGAUGGUGCAAUCAGAGUUGUCCUGGUUGACCGAAAAACAGGAAACCAGUAUGACGUCCAAGAGGCUAUUGAGCUAGGCACAAUCAACAAGAGCAAUUUUGAACAAUAUCGUGCUGGGACACUAAGCCUUACUCAAUUUGCAGAUAUGAUCUCCAAUAGAAACCUAAGUGAUGAUGUGUUAAUUACCUCUAGACAAGAUUCUGUUUCAUCCCUUUCAUCCCUGGCAUCGCCCAAAUUUCGAACCAGUUCAUUGACCAGAAGUGGUUCAUUUUCAGACACUUUAGAAGAAACCACACCUAUUGCAGCAAUAUUUGAUACUGAAAGCUAUGAAAAAAUAUCAAUAUCGGAGGGCAUCAAACGUGGAAUUGUAGAUACAAUUACUGGACAACGCUUACUGGAAGCACAAGUUUGCACUGGAGGAAUUAUCAACCCAAACUCUGGGCAGAGAGUUCCCUUGCAAGAAGCAGUUUCCCAAGGCAUAUUAGAUCACGAUAUGUCAGCCAGGCUAAAGCAAGCUCAGAAGGCCUACACAGGGUUUGAUGGUGUAAGAGGACAAAAAAAAUUAUCUGCUGCAGAAGCCAUGAAGGUAAACUGGUUGCCUUAUGAAGCUGGACAGCGUUUUCUUGAGUUUCAGUACAUAACAGGAGGCCUUGUUGAUCCAGAAACACAAGCAAGAGUAAGUACAGAGGAGGCUAUUCGUAAAGGCAUGGUUGAUGGUCGAGCUGCUCAGAAACUGCGAGACAUAAACAGCUACCCCAAAAUUCUGACAUGCCCAAAAACUAAACUGAAAAUCUCUUACAAAGAAGCCGUAGAUCGAUCCAUGGUUGAAGACAUAACAGGAUUGCGAAUGCUUGAAGCUGCUUCAGUGUCUUCUAAAGGAAUAAGCAGUCCUUACAAUGUUUCCUCAGCCCCAGGAUCACGGUCAGGAUCUCGCUCUGGUUCACGCAGUGGAUCUCGAAGAGGAAGUUUUGAUGCUACAGCUUCAGCUUCAUCUUCCUCUUACAGCUAUUCCUUCCAGUCUAGCAAUAGUUCUCUUGUGAACUAGGUGGCCAUUGGGCUCAAGAUUUGUCUUCAAAAUAAAACCUUAAGGAUAACUUACAUGUUUUUAAUAGGUUCCCAUUUAAAAAAAUUGAAAAAUGUGCACUGACAAUGGGAAUUUUGUUUUCAUCAUGGAGAGCUCUAUUUUUUUCUAAAUUCUCCAUUAAUAAAAUGGUAAAUAUUUUCAUGUAUUUAGCAAAUAUGUAGGGGGUAAAACAAUAUUUGUAUUGUAGGUAACAUCUGCUUUGCCUUUUUUUUCUUUGAACGCUAGUCUUGUAAAAGAAUUGGUACUAAAUAUUUCUAUUUCUGUUGUCUCUGAAAUGUUAACAUUAUAAAAAAGUAUUGCAUUCCAAAUGGCAAAAGCUUCAUUAAUACAUUUUAAUACAGACCUGCUUAUUGAGAAUAAGUAACCCUUAUUAUGCAAUAUUUCACAUUGUGGUGCCUUGGAGUUGCUUCUUUUUAUACUUAUCUUUGCUUGUUAUAUGUGCUGGCAAUAAAGUUUAAAACUUUUACAUUUU